AUGGACCCCUUCACCUCCUUCUCAGAGGAGCUCAUCCAUGGAGACAGCAUGCUCUACUGGGCCUUCUCGCCGGAACCGGCCUUCAACCUUGUCACCACAGUCCCCGAACCGGUGGCUCCAUGGGAGGCGCCGGCUGUUCUCCGGAGCGCCUUCACGCCAUACACUGGACGGCGAAUUAUAGAGGCGGCGAGCUUUGGAAACGGUGGUCGUCGGAAGAGCAUUCACCGGAGAAUGAUUGAGAUGUUAAGAAGGAUUCCCAAGGCCAAAGAGGAGUGCAAAGGAGUAGAGAUGAGCCGUGGGUUUAAGCAUAAGAUGAGGGAAAGGCAGAGGAGGGAGAAGCUCAGCCAGAGCUAUGCCGACUUGUACUCAUUGCUUUCUUCCAGAUCAAAGGGUGAUAAGAACUCCAUUGUGCAAUCAGCUGCUGCGUAUGUGAGGGAGUUAAAGGAAGUGAAGGAGCAGAAGCAGAGGCGAAAUGAGGAGCUUAAGGCGAUGAUUUCAGGGAGCAAUGGAACGAAAGAGGAGGCAAAGAUUAAGUUUCGGGUGGUGAAUCCAUCGUCUGCCACCGACUCCAUGAUUGAAGUUCUUCGAUGCUUGAAGACGAUGGAUGUCAAGGCCAGAGCCAUCCGGUCUGAUCUAUCUGCUCAUGACUUGUCUGCCAUCAUAAGUAUUGAAACAAAGGUGUGCAUAGAAAUAAACUUCCGUACACUUAGCUAUUCCAAAACAAACCAGUUUUAUAAUUUCUCUAGGAAAUUUGAACUUCCAUUUAUACUUUGUGAUUCUAUUGCUAUAUCUUCCACUUAA